AUGUUUGUGCGACCUAUACAAAUUAAAACAAUCAACGAAGGUCGAAAGACAACCCAAAAUAAUGAUAAAGUAAGAAGCAAGAAGGCACCCAUGUGGCAGAAUUUACGAAACAGGGGGAGGGAGUACUUGGUAUUAUUUCUAGAAACUUCGUCAAUACAUGGUUUGAAUCACCUUAUCGCUGCAAGAAGACACCCCUGUGAAAUUUUCCUUUGGCUAAUAAUCGUAGUUCUAUCGGUGUUUGGUUCCGUAUACUUAUCGCAAACAACCUGGGCGCGGUACCAGUCCUCCCCCACCGUGGUGUCUAUGGACAGGGAUAUGUUCGCUUGGAAUACCACCUUCCCCUGCGUUACUGUAUGCAAUGACCACAAAAUAAACCUCGAGAGACUGGAGGAGUUUGUGAAGAAUUCCGAAAUAGAUGACAAAGAGGGUUUGAAGAGAUUCAUAAUAGCCCUAGGCAACGCAACGUACAAGAACUUCGAAACAUUGCCAAUGUUCGACCAGGUGAAACCUUCGGAGCACAUAGACAUUCUAGUGGAACUCUCUUCGGGAUUUAAGCCCAGUCUAACCAUUGGUGCUCUGGGCAGGGACUUGGAGAUCACGCCGACAAUCACAGAGAUGGGUCUUUGUUAUGCGAUCAAUUCAAAAAUAGCUGUAUAUAACUCCCCAGCAUAUAUUAAAGCAAAUAGAUGGGACAUAAUAACUACUCAGAAUUCAUCAAUUACUGUACAUCCGUUGGAUGGAGAAGUCUUUGCGCAUGUUUUAAACCUUUCAUCAUCUUAUGACGUGUAUAUCCACGGACCAUUAGAGGUACCAGACAUAUCAACGAAGUUCGAACACUCUCCAGACAUGUUCUACAUGAAGCUAUACGUCACAGCAUUCACUGUCUACACGUCGCCAGAGGCGGCCAGGCUAACAAUCGGCCAGCGUCGAUGUAGAUUCACACACGAGAACAACCUCAAGCAUUUCGCGGUGUACUCAUACACAAACUGUCAGAUGGAGUGCCGAGCCCAACUUUGCUUGAAGUACUGUGAUUGCUUGCCUUAUUUUUACAGGAGAAUUGGCGAUGAAAAAAAUUGUGACGUCAGAGGUUUACAUUGUUUAGCGAAACACAAAGAUGAAUUGUACAAAUUGAGAGACAAGGCUGGUAAGAAGAUAAAUUGUGGAUGUUUACCCAUUUGCAAUGACGUCAACUAUGUCAUCCAGUCCAAUGAUCUACAAGAGUGGUUUUUGGGGACCAACCUGCAGUGGGGCAUGGUCACUUACCCCCGCAUGAGAUACCGACGAGACAUCAUUUUUGGCUUCACCGAUGUUCUUGUGGCUGUCGGGGGGAUGGCGGGGCUGUUCCUCGGUUGCAGCGUGCUCAGCUUUAUGGAGAUCAUCUAUUUUUUAUCUUUACGACUUUUCUGCUACUCUAGAUCCGCUAUGAGGAAAUAG